AUGCAGAAUGACUCUCAAGCGUCCAGCAUGUGUUUCGGAAAGUUCCAGUACACCGCGGAGGAGUACCAGGCGGUCCAGAAUGCAUUGCGUCGGAACCUGGGUCCAGAGUACAUCAGCACCAGGAUGGCGGGGGGUGGGCAAAAGGUCUGCUACAUCGAGGGACACAAGGUGAUCAGCCUGGCCAAUGAGAUGUUUGGGUACAACGGCUGGUCCCACUCCAUUUCCCAGCAGAAUGUUGAUUUCGUGGACCUCAUCAAUGGCAAAUUCUAUGUGGGGGUCAGUGCGUUUGUCAGAGUUCAACUGAAGGAUGGCUCCUACCACGAGGAUGUGGGCUACGGAGUGAGUGAGGGACUGAAGUCCAAAGCCCUGUCUCUGGAGAAGGCCAGGAAGGAAGCCGUUACUGACGGACUCAAGAGGGCCCUCAAGUGUUUUGGAAAUGCUCUGGGGAACUGCAUCUUAAACAAGGAGUAUCUGCUGGCCAUUAACAAGGUUCCCAAACAGCCCCCAUCUCCCCUGGACCCGGCCAAGACCAAGCGCUCCAACAGUGAGCCCCUAGUGGAGAAGGCGAGGUACUGCAGCCUGCGGCAGGGGGCAGAUAGGUGUGGAGACGGGGGCAUGUCAGAGAGGGCCCAGCCCAGAGCUCAGCCAGGGCCCCAGGAGAGCAGAGGCUCCAGGACAUCACUGCCACACACCCCCACAGAGCCGUCGAGUGAGAGCAGGCACUGCAACACCUCCAGAGGGUCAGCCGCAGACAUGGGAGACACCUCUGGUUCCUCCGACCUGCACGCUGACCCCAAACAGCUCAGGAAACUGAAGCAGCAGCAGCUCCAGCAGAAGUUCCGGCGGGAGAUGGAGGCCAAGAAAAUGCAGUGCGGUCAGCUGCAGCCAAAGUCAGAAAACACAGCGCCACCCAGAGGAGGGGAGGCGCCAGACAGCUUCCAGAGACCAGCAGGAUUCUCAGGGCCAGAGGAGGGGCGGAUCAGCCACAGUACACCCACUGGCCACCGGGGGGAGCUCACCGCUGAGGACGAGUGCCUGGCUGACGACCCCGAGCUGUGGGACUUCACCCUAGACGGCAUUGACAUGCUGGAUGGCCCAGCAGGGGGGUGCAGAGGCUCGGGUCCUGCUACGCCCAGGGGGGGGCACCAGAUGCUGACCCGCAGCAAGACGCCGCAAAGAGCCCCCUCACUGCGCCCUCCAGCCCGGCCCCACAACCCGCCGCACCCCAACAUCCCACACCAGCCGCACUCCGUCCCAACAGGUUUAAGACCUGACUAG